GUAUAAUGUCACUUACACUGAGCGCAUGCUGGGAGUUGUAGUUUUGCAACAGCUGGAGGCACCCUGGUUUAAGGGUACUCUUCUUCCCGAUCGGUGGGGGUCCCAGCACUGAGACCCUGACUGAUGAAAACUUUUGACAUGUGAAAAGUUCUAAUACAGAUAAUAUUUACAUAUUAUAGAACAUUCACAGAAUAUAAAACAUCCAUCUUAUCCGGGUGCAGGAACUGCAAUAGGUUUAUAUAUCAGGGCUUCAGCUUUCCGAUGUCGGUGACUCCAUUUUUAGACGCGCCCAGUUUGACCAUGGACGAUGCCUUCAUCCAGCACAGCGUUAAAGUCCUCCAGGCUCUCAACAAGCAGAGGGAAGACGGGCGGUACUGUGACGCCACGCUGCUGGUAGGCGGCCUCCAGUUCCGAGCGCACUGGAGCAUUCUGGCCUGCAGCAGUCACUUCUUCCAGAGUCUGUACGGAGAUGGCGGCUCCCCCAGCAUCGUCCUCCAUGAGCGCUUCUCCGAGGUCAUCGGUGUCCUCCUGGACUUCUUAUACACCGGGGAGCUGGUUCUGUCGCAGCACAACGUGGAGAAGGUUCUCCUGGCCUCCAAGGAGCUCUCCAUCUUCGAAGCGGUCGAGGUCUGUGAGAGGUUCCAGCCUCCGCUGGAUCAAAGCGAAGAAUAUUUUAGAGGGUCCGGUGCUCUGGAGACUUUAAAUGGACACCUGAAGGAGGCCGAGGGGUCUGAUGGGGAGGAGGAGGCCUUAAAGGGGAUUCCGGAACUCAGCCAUGUCCUUGCCGGUUCUGAUGUCCCCCCUGAACAAAUUAACGGGCAGGACAGUGGCGGCGGCGGUCUAUCCCUGCUGCCGGAAACAGAGGAGACCUCACCCCCUUCACCCUUCCAGGAAAAUGUGCAAAAAAAUCCAGAUAUCGGCGCGGACGGCACGGAAAGCCGAGAGUUCAAGCGACUAAGAAGAGGACAGAAGAGCGAGCAGUGUGUCGGUGCCGGCGGGGGUUGCAUGGAGUGGGAUUUGGAGGUGGAUCAGAUCCAUGACGUCAUGUCAGAGGAGGCCGACUACAUUCAGAACGAUCUAGAUGAAGACUACGUCCUGGAGAAGACCCCAAACCCCAGGAGGAGGAACUGUGUGUCCAAGAAGAUCGCCCCCUUAGAACCGUCUAACAAUGACUCCGCCCUAGACGGGGGAGAUCUGAAGAGCAAGAAAAACGCCAACGCUCCGGUGGAAUGUCCCAUAUGUCACAAGAAAUUCCUCAGCAAAUAUUAUCUGAAAGUCCAUAAUAGGAAGCACACGGGAGAGAAGCCGUUCGAAUGUCAGAAAUGCAGGAAAUGUUACUUCAGAAAGGAGAACUUGGUGGAGCACCAGGCCCGCAACUGUAUGAGCCGGUCAGAGCAGGUUUUCAGUUGUUCUUCUUGCACUGAGGUUUUCAAAAGGAAGAUGGAGCUGAGGUUACAUGUGGUGUCGCACACGGGCGUCAUGCCUUACAAGUGCUCUACCUGCCCCCAGCAGUUCAUGCAGAAGAAGCAUCUCCAAAGCCACAUGAUCAAAAUGCACGGAGAACCCAAACCCCACGCUUGUCCGACCUGCGGUAAAUGCUUCUUCACCCGGACGGAGCUGCGCCUGCACGAAGCCUUCAAGCACCGAGGGGAGAAGCUCUUCGUCUGUGAGGAGUGUGGACAUCGCGCCUCCAGCAGGAGCGGAUUGCAGAUGCACAUCAAAGCCAAACACAGAAAUGAACGUCCAUUUGUUUGUGAAUUUUGUCAUCACGCCUUCACCCAGAAAACCAACCUUAACAUGCACCUGAAGACGCACACGGGGGAGAAGCCGUUCCAGUGUCACCUCUGCGGCAAAACGUUCAGAACACAAGCCAGUCUACUCAAGCACAACCGGACACACACGGGGGAGCGACCGUUCAGCUGCGAGUUCUGCGAACAACGAUUCACAGACAAGACUCCUCUCCUGCGGCACAUCGCCAGCCGGCACCAAGAGGGGAGACCGUACUACUGCCAAGUGUGCGGCAAGACGUUCAAAGCGGCCGAGCAGUUGCGCGUUCACGUGGCCAGACAUCGCGGGGUGCGCAAGUUUGAGUGCACAGAGUGCGGGUACAAGUUCACCCGGCAGGCUCACCUCCGCCGACACAUGGAAAUCCACAACCGGAUCGAGAACUACAACCCGCGGCAGAGGAAGCUGCGAAAUCUGAUCAUCGAGGAGGAGAAGAGCCUGGUCAUCGGGCUGCAGAACCCGCACGAGCUGGACGUGGCCUCCACGGAGAUCAUAGUGGAGUCCAUUACAUCCGCCACGUUACCUGAAGAGGUGACGGAACAGAGACUGUGCACGGACGACGCCUUCACAGCCGAAGUGAUGGAACAAUCCAUAAUCAUCACCGCCACCGCCAUAGACGAGUGCGAGACGUGAUCACCGCGCCGCCAUGUUGUUUAUUUUUAUUUAUUAGGUCGCUGCAUUUUAUUACUAAAUAAAUAUAAUAAUGUGAUGAGCGGGUACAGAAUUGUGCUUACA